AUGCCCAUCCUAGCUUUCCAAUCACGUCUCGACACUCUUCCUCUCGAACUCUUAGAACUUAUCGCUUUCGAACUUACAUGUCUAACGCCUCUAGGUCCUCCUUCAGCCCUCCUUACCCUCCUUUUGACCUGCAAAAGCAUUAACAAUGCUCUUUCGAGGAGUAUGGUGCUUUACUCGCGAAUUUUUCAUUUCAAAUUUGAUACGUCUGCUGUUCAACGAAGAGCAUUCAACCCGACACCAGCGCAAUAUUUUGAUCAGCUCGUGCUUUACUGUACCCAGCUCCAAAAACUACGCAGCCAAGUGCGGGCUGACGAUUGCGACGACGUCCUGUUUUCGGCAUUCCUUAUGAUGCUUGAAAACGAUGGUCGCAACGCGGCACAAUUGGAGCAUGCAGGUCUCGAUUCUUAUUUGGAUGUUUUCGUACGAAGCCGGUUGUGGGAUGGCAGGGCAUCAGCCCACGGUUGGCCGACGGACAACACGGCCAACGCUUGUGCGUUGUGGCUGGUUUGGAUGACAACCUCUGAGAAAAAACUCAAGGCCGAAUCUCCAGCCAGGAGAAACCAAAUGAUUCAACUUGUUUUACCAUUUGUUCUCCUUCCUUAUCGAUAUGCCUCUGCAUUUGCACCACUUAAUCACUUUGUCCUUCCAGUGCAAGCAAGUGUCGAUAUCCAACCACAUUCCAUUCUUACUGCUCACGGUCGCUACCCAAUAUACCUGGACCCAGAUCGAGUCUGGUCCCAGGUUCAUUAUGCCUCUCGCCCGACUAUGAUUCCGCCACUGCUUACCACUGCGGCAAAACUGGUAUAUUUUUCUCGGCGAGAAACAGAACCAUUCGGAAUUCCCAGUCAUCUACCACUUGAUCGAGACCAAGCUAUCCGGAUGGGGAGGACUCAAGUUGGACCUACACAAGCUGAUAUACAAGAAGUAAACGCUCAUUUGAACGAGCAACUCCCCCAACAGCGUCUACCCGAAUGGGAUUUGGAGAGAGGUUCCUCAGGGAGUGACCGUCUCAGCAAACGAUGGGAUUGUGACUGGUGGCGGGUUCGCAAAUGCAUGGACGCCUUCCGAGAAAACGACCGGCGAUUGGGACCCACCUACGAGCCUGGCACUUUCACAGGGCUGUGGCAGGGUAGAAUGCUCAUUCCUAGCGAGCACCAUUUCACUGCCCUUCUAACCACCCGUGAUUACCCUCCUAGCUUCAACGAGAAUUUGCUCCAAACAACGACCUUUCCACUCUUCAUGAGGAUUCACGAGCAUCACUCCCGUGCGCCAAAUCAACCUGCACCACCUUGCGACGAUGUUGUGUCUGGCUAUUUUCCACCAAAAACACGUAUCGCCGGUCUUAACUCACGCAGCGUUGUCGUUCGCGUUGGAGAUGGUGAUGAGUCGUAUGAGUACUCGACCCAUGGCUCACCCGGUGGACCAAGUCAUGAUUCCGAUUCCUGUCCGAGUUGUGUGGCUAGGGAGGACCUUUUGCGGCAACAAAGAUCGCGAGCUACUGCUGCAGCAGCAGAAAAAAUAUUCUCACGUUUGGGAAUGGGUCUAACUUCGGAUGACGGAGAAGAUGACUUAGAGGAGCAAGAACGCGAGCCAUCUUGUGACGGAAUACAAGACAUCAUUUUCACAGGCGAGACGGACUUGCAUCACGGCCAGGCUUGGAAUCAUUUCGAAUUCUAUGGUCGAGUCCGUCUAUGGGAUGGCAUGAUUGGUCUUCUUCGUGUUUCGACAGACCCACGACGCGGGACGCUGUUGUUUUACGGUUACCUUGUUGGAGCUCACAAAUUCGUGGGCAAUUGGCGCUCUGCUCAUCAAGACACAAAUGUACCGGCAUAUGAGAGCGCAUUCAUGAUGGCACGGCGGAGCGACGACUAA